AUGUAUGGUAUCCUUCCAUUCCACUCCCAACUCUAUAGAAGGCAACCCACCAACAACAACUCUUCCUCAAUCCAAGAACUAGUUCAUAGUGGCCAUUAUAUUAAAGCCCUGCAAUUAUAUGCCAACCUUUGGAACCAUCAUGGCUUCAAGCCUGAUAACUCCACUUUCCCACACAUUCUCAAAGCUGCAUCUCAACUCAAUGACCCAACCACUGGACUAAUAGUCCAUAACCAUGCCAUUAGAACUGGGUUUGAUUCCACUCUCUUUGUUACCAACAGCCUUAUACUCUUCUAUGGCCGCUUUGGUCUACUUGAAUCAAUGCACUACCUGUUCGAUGAAAUGCCCCAAAGAAACAUCGUGUCGUGGACAGCAGUUGUAUGGGCAUCAACUCAACAUAAUCGAUUCGACCAAGCGAUUAAAACAUUCCAUGACAUGAGGAUUGUGGGAAUUAAACCCAAUUCCUUUACUAUGGCUACCAUCCUUCCAAGCUUCUCUUGUUCUGGAGGAUCAAUUCAGAUUCACAGUUUCUUGAUUAAGUGUGGCUUUGAGUCAGAUAUAUUUGUCUCAACUGCGUUGAUUGACACAUAUGCAAAAUGUGGGUUUGUCAAUUCUGCUCGUCGGGUCUUCGAUGAGAUGCCUAAUAAAAAUGUAGUUUCUUGGAAUUCUGUGAUCACAGGUUAUACCCAGAAUGGAAAUGCACAAAAAGCACUCAACCUUUUUGUGGAGAUGCAGAUUGCUAGGGACGUCCGACCAGAUUCAUUCACCAUCGUAACAGCCCUUUGUUCAUGUGCCAACUUAGCCUCACUCAGACAAGGGAAGGAGUUACAUGGUUAUGUAUAUAGAGCUUGUUUAGGAGAUAUAGUGAUUGUUGGUAAUGGACUCAUUCAUAUGUAUGGCAAGUGUGGAGCUUUAGAGCUUUCAGAGCUAGUCUUUGAUAAUAUGCAGGAGAAGGAUGUGAGCUCAUGGACAGCACUCAUUAAUUGCUAUGGACUAAACGGACAGGGUUCUAAAGCCAUUUCUGUCUUUGAAAAAAUGAAGCAAGCAACAUCUGUAACCCCCAAUCCGGUAACUUGGAUAGCAGUUCUCUCAGCUUGCAGUCAUUCCCAUCUCAUAGAAGAUGGGUUCAGGUAUUUCAAAGAAAUGUCUGCUGAUUUUGGCGUCAAACCCAACAUGAAGCACUAUGUUUGCAUGGUGGAUAUGCUGGGAAGGGCAGGACAUUUUCAAGAGGCCUUGAAGUUCAUCAAUGACAUGCCACUUCAGAAUAAUGCACAAAUAUGGGAAGCACUGCUUGGGGCUGCAACAGUUCAAGGGGACACAGCAGUUGCAGAGCUAGCCGCAAAGCAACUUAUUGAGUUAGGACCUGAAAAUGAUGAUCUUCAGGUACAGUUAGCAAACAUAUACGCAAAUGUUGGCCGGUGGAUUGACGUUGAAAGGAUAAGAAAAAGAGAGUUUACCAUGAACCCACUGAUUUCUGCCGUGUCCGUUAUUACUAUUGGAUUGGCCAUAGGGCUUGCUUCUAUUGGACCUGGAAUUGGUCAAGGUACUGCUGCAGGUCAAGCUGUAGAAGGUAUUGCGAGACAACCAGAGGCAGAGGGUAAAAUACGAGGACAAAGCAAGUUGAAAUCGGUUUCUGCUAUUCAAGCAAUUAUUGCAAAUGCAAGACAGAUUUCUCAAAAGCUUUUGGAUUCCCUCUCAUAG